AUGCUCUGGACUUUGCGCGCAUACCCUCUCCGCUUCUGCAUACCUCAAACACGGCGCUCUCUAUCCGCUUGUCCGUCUCGCCGAUUUCCUCGAAUAACGUCGCACCAUGUUCGCCCCUACCGAGCUCCGGAAGCACCUCACGUUCCUAGCUUUCGCGAAGAGCUUGCCAAGACUGAGGUGGAGAUGCUCGGCGAGAACACGCGAAUACCCCCUACUGUCAGUAACCAGAUACUCUUCUUCCUAGUAGGUUCGACACUCGCGUUCGGCGCCGCUGCGCGGUGGACUAACGAAGAUACGCUGUAUUGGACGAACAAGAUAUCGGAAUCAAGUUUGGCGUAUAUGCUACGGGUGCCGACAAACCGCGAGAUGGCUGCCGCGCGAUACGAGCACCUGGUUCAGAGAUUGAAGGCGUCUAUCGUCAAAAUCAACGAGUCGAUACAGGGCUGGCCGCAGUCACUCAAGUCGCUAACAAUUUACACCGUGGUGGAAGGCGCGAAUGAAGCACUGAGGGCUUCGGAAGGGUGGCGGGUCUGCGCGGGGAUAGCUGCCGUGAACGGGCUGGUGUGGAUGGCGUGGGCCAUCCCUCCGCUUCAGACGUUCAUGAUGCGCAGCUUCACGCACCACCCGCUGUCGGGACGUUCGUACACGAUGCUCACCAGCGUGUUCAGCCACCACGGUUUCAUACAUCUCUUGUUCAAUUGCAUGGCUUUGACAAGCUUUGGAUCCGCCGCGACGUCGUAUUUUGGAAAACAGCAGCAGAAGGACCCCUCUAACCUGCGUGAAUCUACGCCGAUAUACCACUUCCUUGCAUUCUAUGUGUCAGCGGGCAUAUUCGCCUCACUCGCUUCGCACGUCGCGGCGUCGCGGAUACUCUACCCGCGCCUGGUAGCCGCGGCAGCAGCAGCGAUACCAAUCUCAGCGGCGAAAGCCGGGAAAGUGGCAGCGAAGAAGAUUUUCCCGUCGCUGGGAGCGUCCGGCGCGGUCUACGCCGCGGUGGUGGUCACCGCGCUCGCGUUCCCGAAUAACAGCGUAGCCCUGAUUUUCCUCCCUGGCCUGCACUUCCCCAUCCUGUGGGGCGUGGGCGGGAUGGUCGUCAUGGACGUGAUGGGUGUGCUGCGGGGGUGGGCGUUGUUUGACCACUACGCGCAUCUCGGAGGGGCGGCGUUUGGUGCGUUGUACUUUAUGUAUGGCCCGUCGGUGUGGGAGUCCUUCCGGAUGAUGACCCUCGGCUCGAUGCCUCGCUCGCUCUCAGGCACCGCGCGCAAACAGUCGUAA